UAAUGCGACAUUACGCGGAAAAGUCAUGUUGUAAUACACAAUGUAUUACACAGGCCAGCGCAAACUUAUGAUAUUUAUGUGAUAUAUAUUCACAAACACCCCUUUAUAUGCAUUUACCAACAGUUAUUGAUAGGUUAACGAAGAAUUCGCCGACGUUGUAGUAAACUCUUCAUAGUUCAGUCAGUUGUUAUGGUUAACAAUCUGGGUUUUUACCAUAGACUGUGGUUUUUACUGGGUCAUCGGGUUCAAAUAUGGACCCAAAACACAAAAAACUGCUCCGAUCUCAGCGGCUUUUUCUGGCCGAGGAGCUUUUAGUGGACGACAUGAUCAUACAGUAUUUAUACCAGGAGGAGAUCUUAACGGAGCGUCAUUUAGAGGAGAUUCAGUCUGAGUCGUCAAAUAGAAAAAAAACGCUAAAGCUGCUGGAUAUUCUGCCCACGCGGGGUUCGCGCGCCUUCCAUCACUUUAUUCAGUCAUUAGAGAAAGAUUUCCCCUGGAUCAAAGACAAAUUACUGCGACUGUGUGCUGAAGACACCGAGUCUCCUCCUCCGUCCUUCACAGUUCAGUGUGGUGUUCCUGACCACAUCCUUCCGACUGUUCCAACCACGCAGCAUCUGAACCGCUUGGCCGCUCGUCUCAGUUCAGAGUGGAAGUCUGUGCUGCUGGACCUGGGCCUGUCCUCUGCGGAUCUGUACCGGUGCUGCGCCGAGCACCCCCUUGCGGUUCAGAGUCAGGUGCUCGCUGGGCUGGUGAUGUGGACGCAGAGGAAUGGAAGAGAAGCCACAGUGCGGCAUCUGCUCCAGAGCCUGCAGGCCGCAGACAUCCCGCCAUCUGUCCUCCAACAGGUGUUUGUGUGACAUAACAAGUCGUGUUUUUCUGGACUUCAUUCUGCUCUUGAGCUGUAGAAAACACAUGACAGACAGCGAAGGAAGAGAAACAGACAGUGUCCUUGCGUGACUUUUUGUAUUUUGUUACAGGAAUGUACUGAAACUCCAUUAUACAUCUAAUAUGGCUAGAAAAAUUAUGAAA